GGCGGUGCCGGUGUGGGUCCCGCCCCGGCCCCAUUGUCUGUGCGGGAGGCGGAGGGACGGGAGCGGAGAACGAGCCCGGCCAUGGCCCCGCUACCGGCCCCGGGCCCGAGGCUGGCGCUGCUGACCGCGGCCCUGCUCUGCUCCUGGGCAAAGGGGGACGGGGACCCCCCGGAGCCCGUGUUCCUACCGGCAGAGCUGGAGCUCCUGGGGGUACCGGAAUACUACCGCUUGCAACGGGCAGACCGGGACAUCCCAACCAACACCUCCAUGGAUACCCGCACCGAGACCUUCCUGGUGCUGCGGCACAGCCCCGGUACCCAACCUUUGCUCCAGGCCACUUAUCCCCCCUUCAGCACCCGGCAGGAGGUGCCCAUGGAGAAGGAGCAGAGGGAAGCUUGGGCUGUGCGGGCUGUGUCCAUCGAGAGCUCCGUGUCGCCGGCGGAGCCCUUUGCCCGGGUGCUCUUCCAUCUCUAUGGGCCUGACUGGAUGGCUGGGAAACGGGAUCAGCACGAGGGAUGGGAUCAGCCCGGGGAGCGGGAUCACCCCGCAACGUGGGAUCCUCCUGGAGAGUGGGAUCACCCCAAGGAGCAGAACAACCCCAGGAGUUGGGAUCAUCCCAAGGAGUGGGAUCAACCUAAAGAGAGGGAUCACCCCAAGGAGCAGAACCACCCCAGGAGUUGGGAUCAUCCCAAGGAGUGGGAUCAACCUAAAGAGAGGGAUCACCCCAAGGAGCAGAACCACCCCAGGAGCUGGGAUCACCCCAAGGAGUGGGAUCAACCUAAAGAGAGGGAUCACCCCAAGGAGCAGAACCACCCCAGGAGUUGGGAUCACCCCAAGGAGUGGGAUCAACCUAAAGAGAGGGAUCACCCUAAGGAGCAGAACCACCCCAGGAACUGGGAUCACCCCAAGGGGCAAAACCACCCCAGGAGCUGGGAUCACCCCAAGGAUUGGGAUCAAGCUAAAGAGUGGGAUCAACCCAAGGAGCAGGAUCACCCUGGAGAGUGGGAUCACCCCAAGGAGCAGAAUGAGCCCAGGACCUGGGAUCACCCCAAGCAGCGGGACCAUGCUGGAGAGUGGGAUCACCCCCCAAAGCGGGAUCACCCCAUGGAACGGGAUCACCCCAAGGACCGAGACCUGCCCUGCGUCACCCUCCACGCGCACCACCGCGGCCGGGUGGCCCGUGCCUCGUGCCACCUGCAGGCCCCGCUGGGCGCCUGCGUGGUGGAGCUGGAGAUCCCCCCGCGCUGGUUCUCCGCCGAGCCCCCGGAGCCGGCGCAGCUGCACUACAGCGUGACGGGAUCCCGGGAAUGCCGGGAGCGGAGCCGUGCCGGGGAUGCCCAGCGGCCCCUGGGCUCGCUGGAGCUGCGGGCGGCGGAGCCGGUGCGCUGGCAGGAGGUGAGGUUGGAUGCCAAGGUCCUGCUGCGGGUCCCCGAUGCCAGCCUGCGGCCGGGGCACCGCUUCACGGCCACCAUCGCCCUGCGGCACAACUUCACCGCCGACCACUUGGUGCUCCGGAUCAAGGCCAAGAAGGGGCUGCAAGUGGUGGGUGCCCGCGCCGGGGCGCCGGGGGCAUGGGCGACGCAAGUGGAGCGCACCCGUGGUCCCAAGCACUCCACGGUGGUGGUGACGUGCCGGAGGAGCGGGGAUGCUGCUGGUGGCUCCAGGGUGGCUGAUUCCGAGGCGUUCCUGCACCUGGAUGUGGCGGUGGAGAACGGGACGGGGGGACUGGCGCCGGUGCGGACCCUCACGUGGCAAGUGGAGUACCCAGGGCAGGACCCCGAGGCGCAGAAGGACAAACUGGUGUGGGAGAUCCAAGUGUCCGAGCGGGAUGUCCGUGCCCUCGUCCCCCUUGUACAGGAGCUGGAGAUCCUCAACACGGCCCCACUGACGGGGGUCCCCCGCUUCGUGCCCGUCAGACUGGUGGCAGUGGAGGCAGGGGGGGGCAUCACCGAGCUCCCGGAGCCCGGCUGUGAGUCAGCUGACAAGCAGGUCCUGCAGGUCUCCGCCGGCUGCUCUGCGGUGUUCGUGGGGGGCCAGGAGAGCCGUGGGGCGCAGGGGGCGCGGGUGGAUUUCUGGUGCCGGCGCCUGCACGCGGCGCUGAGCUUCACCGUGUGGGCCCCACUGCUGCCGCUGCGCCUGCACCUGGGGGACACGGCCCUGGAGCAGCUGCGGGGCUGGCGCCUGCCCCCCGGCACCGAGAGCGCUCCGGAGGAGGCCUGGCCCGGGCCCGGUGCCGGUGCCGGUGCCCGGGAUGGGGUCGGCCGGGGCCGCGGCUGCCGCCCUCAGUUCCAGCGCACGGCGCUGCGGGUCCUGGCUCGCUUCGCGGCGCGGCCGCUGGCCGGGGGCCGGCCCCUCGCCUUCCUGCCCGGCCCCGCCUGGCUCCUCGAUGUCACCCCCUUGGUGGCCGCACGCACCCGCGUCCAGGACCCCCGAGUGGCCGCGCUGGAGCCGGGACCCGUCGUGGUGGGGCUGGAGCCAGGGGUCACCUCGGUGGAGGUCCGCUCCCCGCUGUCGGACUCCAUCCUGGGGGAGCAGACGCUGGUGGUGUCGGAGGAGAAGGUGACGGUGACGGAGCUCCGGGCCCAGCUCGUGUCGGGGCUGUCCCUGGCGGUGCGGGCAGAGCCGGGGCACCGCGGGCUGGUGACCGCCAGUGCCAUGGGCACAGGGACCCUGCGGGUGCCCAAGCAGGAGGCGACGCUCUCGGUCUGGUUGUCCUUCUCCGACCACACUCUGGCCCCGCUGGAGCUCUAUGGGUGGCAGGACACGGCUUUGACCGUAACCUCGCUCGACCCCACCGUGGCCACCGUCGGGGGCUCCCCGGGUGUCCCCACCGCGCACCCAUGGGUGGUGGCCGAGGGCCCGGGGCGCGGGGCGCUGCUGCAGCUCAGCCUGCACCCUCCGGACGCCUGCCGCCGGGGCCGGCACCGAGCCGCCGCGCUGGCCACCGGCACCGCCUGGCUCGAGGUGCUGGGGGGCCACCCCGCUGCCACCCCCGCUCCCCACCAUGGGCCCAGCUCCCCCUUCCAAAGGGCGGAAGGGGCCAUGUCGGGAGAGGCGGUGACGGCGGCCGGCGAGCCCCGGAGGAGGGAUGCAGUGGGAGCGGGACCGGCCGACACCAAGCUCCAAGGGGGGGGGUCUUCCUCGGAGGAAGAGGAGGAUGGGUACGGCCGUGACCGCGCUGGGGAGGAGGAGGAGGAGGAGAUGGUGAAGGCUCCCGAGCGCGUAACCGACCUGGAGAUCGGCAUGUACGUCCUGCUGGGGGUCUUCUGCUUGGCCAUCUUCAUCUUCCUCAUCAACUGCAUCUUCUUCGUGCUGCGCUACCAGCAGAAGGAGCUCCCCGACGCCGCCGCCCCCUCGGCCCCGCAGCCCCACAACUGGGUCUGGUUGGGCACCGACCAGGAGGAGCUGAGCCGGCAGCUGGACCGGCGGCAGCCCGAGCCCCCGGUCCCCGACGAGGCCACCGAUGGGCGCUGCUGCUGCGGCUCCGAAGCGGGGGGUACCCCCAGCCCCCCAACCCCGACGGGUGCUCCCCAGCCCCAUAGGGAAGGUGGAGCCCCAAGGGGUGGCCGGAGGAAGAGGGUGGAAUUUGUCACCUUCUCCCCGGCGCGGGCCCCCGAGGAACCCCCCGAGCCCGUCCCCAACGUCCAGUCCAUCCUGGUGGCCAGCGAGGACGACAUCCGCUGGGUGUGCGAGGACAUGGGGCUGCGGGACCCCGAGGAGCUCCGCAGCUACAUGGAGAGGAUCCGGGGCAGCUCCUGACCACGGCGGGGGGCAGCUCCCAGUGUUCCCCCC